UGCCUUUUCGAUUUUUGCCCUCUCAUGCUGUCGUCUCUUUCUCUUAAUACUUUUUCUUUAAUAACUUUGGGUUUUUUCUUGUGGAUACAACAUUUUACUUGUUACAGUACUGUUCUUUCCUCAGAAUCUUUAUUGUACUAAUUGAUACCGAACUACUUUGUUAUUGUUGAAAUCUCUCAAUGGAUCCAAAAUGCAUUACUAUCAAUGGAAAAAUGGAUUCCCGUAAUAAACAGUGUAUAUAUGAUCCACAAUUGGAUACACUUGACUUAAAAAAAACAAGUUCACAGCCCAUAUACAAAUACCAAGAAGAAGAGAACAAUAUACCCCCACAAGAUCCUCGUAUUGAUAAAGAACACUAUGCAAGGAACUUUAUAUUCAACCCUAAUAAACGUUUUGUUUACAAGAACAAGUUCAAAAGAGUCCAAUUCAAGUUUGAUGAAUUUUCAGUUGGACCUAAACCAGCAACAAGUGUUUUAGUGUCACGUUUAUCCCCGCUCAUGACAGAAACACAAAUCGAAACGUUCUUUUCAGUUUAUGGCCAAGUCAAAUCAGUCAAUAUUCAAAAGGAUCCAACCACCAAUGGAUCAUUAGGUAUUGCUAUUGUGACAUUUGUUACCGAUGAAUUUUAUGAUGGGCACCAGUCAGCUUGUUUAGCUGUAGAAAAAGGCAAUAGGCGUAGAAUAGGAACAACAGGCGAAUCAAUCAAAGUCUGUUUUGAUCCCACAGGUAAAGAAUUGGAAUUGGCGAUUAAAAAUCUCAGUAAACCCAGUUUAUCAACAGAGGUAGAAUCAUCCACUGUGACAACAACAUCAGCGACGGCUGUACAUCCUAUGGAUUCCACAUCACCAGCAAAACGUCAGCCAUCUUUCAGUUCGUCUUCUUCAACGCCAAGUCAUCGAUACGAUGGUUCGGGAACGCCAAACGGCCAUGCAUCGAAAAACGGCAGCAGUAAACAUGAUUAUUAUUACGAUCGCUAUGAUCGUUAUGACAAAUAUGAUCGAUACCAUAAGUAUGAUAGAUAUGAUAGCAGAUAUGAUGGCAAAUAUUACCGUCAUGAGGAUAGGAAAAGAGGAAGAAGCCCCAGUCAUACAAGGCGGUACGAUGAUUAUGAUCGACCUUAUUCAUCACCGAGACAUUAUCCACACAAUCACGAUUAUCAUUCCACUACUGCCGGUGGUAGUCGGUCGCAUCACCAUUAUGACGCGUAUGAUCGCAAAUCUUACUUUUAUUCGUAUGGUAACGUUAAAUAUGCCUCACCUCGACAUUCACCCGAUUAUCAGCACCCUAGGUCAAAAUAUAAUGAACGAAGUCCGAGUAGGGAUUCUUAUGAUUCGAGAAGGGUUAGCCGCAGCAGUAGUAAAAGAUACUCAUAUGAAGAGGAAAGAACAAACGGACAUUGGCUGCCGUCGACAUCAACAGCAAUGGCAAUGUCAUCCUCUGCUCCCCUAUCAGAAAAGUUCACAUUGGCCAUACCAAAACGUUGUUUACCUUUCGGAGAACAUGUUUUAGGGGAACUCAAGAGGCUCUAUCAUUAUUACAGUUUCAUUGAUAUUUUGCAUGAUGAUUCAGAUUGGUCGAUUGUGUUUGAUUCGUUUACAUCCGCCAAAAGGGCUUAUGAGGCAACCAUUGGUCAGCGACUAUUAGGAUAUACACUAGUGAUUCAAUUGCGGGAUCACAAACAUACCAUAGAUGAUACUGCUCACAACAAUACUUUGAAAAAAGAACCACCCUCCUCCAUCGAUACAACACUGAAUACCAUGAAAUUGAAUGGGAAUAGUCAGUUGAUGACUCCUUCACCUACUUUAGCUCGGUCUACGCCACCAGAACGACAACCACUUCCUCUGACAGCAGCACAACUAUUAUGCGACGCAUUAGCGGAUGUAUUUGUUAAAGAUAUCAAAAAUCGCGUUGUCAAUCCAUUCGUUCAUGACUUUUUGAAAUCAGACAAGAUACAAGAACUAAAAAAUCAUCUGAAACAACAACAAGCAGAAGCAUUAAUCAAAAAAGAAGAAGAGCAACAGCAACUUCAACAAUAUGUACUCGCUAAGCAAGAAAAGGCGGUUAAAGCAGAAGAAGAAGAAGCAGCAGCAGCAGCAGCAGCACCAACAUUAUUAAAGUCAGAAACAAAUUCCAUGAACGGAACAACGGUGAAAUUACCAAAUUUUAAAAAGAGACAAAAUUCAACUACUUUUUUCAGUUCAAGCAGCGAUUCAGAAGAAGGAGAAUACCAUUCUGGCGAAGAGGAACAGCAAAGAGAAUUAGAAAGGGAGGAACAGUUAAAAAGAUUGAAGAGCAGUAGUAGCAAUAAUAGCGGUAGUAGCAGUUACAAUAUACCCAACACAAAAGAAAAUACUACUACUUCUACCGCUACUCUAGCAUUAGAAAAACAACCAUCUCGUCCUCGGCGCUUACGCGACUAUCUUAGUGAUUCGGAAGGCGAAGAUGAUAUAAGCCAUGAGAUUUUCUUGAAACGUCUCCAUGAAAGAAAGCCGGAUAUUGCAGACGUAUCAGAAGCAUCAGAAGAUGAAUUGGAUGACCUGGACGAUUUUGUUGAACAUGAUGAUGUAAUAAGAACAGUGCGAAAGAAGCGAAAGCGUAACUUAUCGUCAACGCCAAAGAAAGCUUCACCUUCCAAAAAAUCAAAACGUAGUAACAGCGUGGAGGAAGAUGAUAUGGAAACACCAAAGAAACGCAGUCGAAAAUCAAAACAAAAGAAACCGUCCACACCUUUACCGGAUCGUUUGGUUGAGAUUUUGGCAGAAGAAGAUGCAUUUAAUGACACAAGUAGCACAAACGGCACUGUAACCAUAACGGAGGAUGAGUACGACAGUCAUAUGGAAGAAUAUCACUCAACUCAUAUGCUAGAAGAAGAGAAAGAGAAAGAGGAGGAAGAAGAAGAAGAAGAAGAGGAGGAGGAGGAGGAGGAGGAGGAAGAGCCAUUGACCAAAGAAGAGAUAGAGAAAUUAUUAUUAGCAUCUGAUGACGAUUCUGAAAUUGAUGAUGACGAGGAAUUACUAACGGAGCCCCCCGAAUGGGAUCCUUUUAAUCAACUGAAGGAUCCUGAAGAGUUUUUUUUUUUACGUGCUGCCUUACUGGAAAGAGCUGGUAUAACGCCUCAAGAACCCAUCAUUCAACAUGUAAAAGGAGGUUGUGCUCGUGCACGUUGCAUGGAACCCAUCCCGGAUGAUGUAAAAGCAACAUAUCUUCCUAAGAACAAAGCUGUCAUUGACAUAUUACAUACAGAUCCAUCCAGCCCCAAUAAUAUUAAUCGCAUUUCUUCUCGAGCCACACGUGUCAAUAAUCGCCGUUUAGCAAUUGGAAUGGAAAUGCAGAAGAAGACUAUUGAUUCUGAUAUUCUCAAAUUCAACCAACUUCAAAGUCGUAAAAAGCAAUUACGGUUUGCUAAGUCGCCUAUUCAUGAUUGGGGUUUGUUUGCUGAAGAACAUAUUGACGCGAAUGACAUGGUGAUUGAAUACGUAGGAGAGAUUAUUCGACAGCAAGUGGCAGAGGAACGAGAAAAGAAAUAUGAGCGUUGUGGUAUUGGAAGUAGUUAUUUGUUUCGUGUCGAUGAUGAUACUGUCAUUGAUGCAACAAAGUGUGGUAAUGUGGCACGAUUCAUUAACCAUUGUUGUGCGCCUAAUUGCAGUGCCAAGAUUAUUACUGUCAAACAAGAGAAAAAAAUUGUCAUUUAUGCCAAUCGAGACAUCGAACCUGGUGAAGAAAUCACUUAUGACUACAAAUUCCCUAUUGAAGCUGAUAAGAUACCCUGUUUGUGUGGUAGUAAAUUCUGUAAGGGAACUCUCAACUAAAAACGGACCUUACUACUACAAACAAUACUUUAUUUUACUAUUUUUGUAUUUGAUGUAUAAACCUAUUCUUUAAUGUUCUUCCAUUCAAAAAUUUACUAAUUUACACUCAACCUUUGUAAGAAAUGGUAUGAGAAAGGAAAGAAUUUUAACAUCAAUUAUGUGUAUACAUUUAUAUGACAAUGAACAUGCUAAACCUUUUUGUCUGCAAGUUGCACAAAAUGAUAAUUGAAACAAAGAGCCAAUAGUAUUUUUUUGAAAUAGUAUACAAUUGUAUGUUGAAUGAGAGCAGUGCACUAGCAGACUAGUGUAUCGUUUCUUUGAGUUCAGCCAUGUA